AUGGCCGCCUCUCCAUCUCUGCUUAUUUUCCUCAACGGUGAUGUUGGCAUGGAGCGGCCGUACCGCACCGCGCUGCCGGCCAGCGUUGACACCCUAGCGGAGCUUUGUCAGUUCCUCACGUCGCGCAUCCCACCCCGCCCGGGCGAGGACGCCGUCGGCCGCGGCUACCGCUUCCUCUACUCCGUGUUCGGCAAGCCGCUCUGGCGCGUGAAGGAGUGCGUGGAGGCAGGCACCAUCGUCCUCAGCGUCGGACCGGGCUUUCUCGCGCGGCGACCCGCGGCAAUUACGGACAACGCAUCCGCUACUGCCUCUCCAGCCCCUGCGGCAGCGGCAGCCGCAGCCGCAACGACAAGUGUAGUGGAUUUGGCCACGCCGGAUCGUCUGGCGGCGACACCCACCGGCGGUGACAACACGCACCCCGACAGCAACAACGGCUUUCUGCUCGACGCCUCCCCCGCCGCGUCCCCGCCCGUCAAACUCUCGGUCGAGGACAACGCAUACCGGCCACCGCCAGCCUUUUCGAGCACGGCAGCGGCAGCGCAUUUCUCCACUGCGAGCGGGCGCGGCAGCACCGUUAACGUCGUCCCCUUCGCUGGGGCGGCCGGCAAGCAAGGGCGGGAGAGCAUCGACGUGGCGUGGCCUCCGGCGCCGUCGGUGCGACGCCCAUCGCAGACCGAUGAGCGGGAUCGUCUGGUCAGCAUCACCCUCAACCCGGCCGCACGCGGCGCACGGGCCUCCUCUGGUGGGCCCAUCACCCAAUCCACGCCUGUCCCUCACGUUGCCGCGGGCGCGACCGCCGGUGGCGCUAUCCCCGCCUCCCACCUCUUCACUCCUCCAAACGCCCAAGCAACGGCCGGAGAAGCCACCGGAGGCCCUCGAGAGAAUCAGACAUUCGUGCCUCCACCUCCACUGCCGCGGAAGUCCUUCCCUGCUGCCGCGACAGCGACGACAGCGGCGGAGGCCAUGGGUGAUGCGCUACCACGUGGGAUGGUCUUCUUAGCGCAGGAGACCCACGCCCUGCCCGCACGCCCGUCCUUCACGCCCGCAUCGACCGCCCUUGCAGCGCUCCUGCCGCCCCUGCAGCCGCUGGCCAGCAACGCCAUCUCCAGCAGUCUGCAGUAUUUCUUGUUGCGGAAAUGGAGUGCCUAUCAGAAACUGCACAGCAUGCCGCCUGCCGACCUUAUCGCAGGUGAGGCGAUGUCGCAGCGGUUCAACUCGAUUACGGCGGCAUGCAACAGCAGUGGCAGCAGCACUCGCACCGGCGGUGUGGGCGGUGACCGUGGCUGCCGAGUUGUGGUGAGCGGACCUCCGCUCAGCGGGGUGUCGACGACGGCGGCCUUCCUCGUGCGCCACCUCUUGCGCACCCUGCAGCUUCAGCCGCAGCACCGCCUGCACAACACCCUCGUCAUCGCCCUCGACUUCCAUCUACUCUUCGGACCGCAGGUGACGAGUGCGCCGGGGCUGCCGCGCGUGUUGCUCGAUCUCGCCUCGCUUUAUCAGCUGGUGGUGCGUAGUGUGAUGGAUGCCGUGGUGGCGCAGCGGCCGUCGCUGCGGGAGGCCGGCCCCCUCCUCAGCCAGUUGUGGGACUUGGUGAUCAAGCCGAACGUGGAGCCGAAGGCGGCACCCAACUUUACGACCUACGCCCAAGCCGCCGCGCUCGUGGGCGGGGACGUGCUGGCGCAGUGGACGCGGUUGGUGGCGCAGAUCUUUCCCAUUCUCCAGGCCGCCUGUCGAGCACCGGAGACGCCGGCGCUGCGAGAUGCGGCGCUGGAUUUAAUAUUUUAUGCCAUACCGGCUGAAAUCGCCUCGUCGCUGAACUUCUCCGGCGUGCUCUACGCGAUGGACGGCGCGGAGGCGUUAACGCGGUGCUACGCAGAGCGGGUGACACGCCCGGCGGGUGACCUGGGGCCGCUGCUGCAGGCCUUGGCGGCGGACCCGCGCGUGCACCUUGUGCUCUCCUGUCCUUCCACGAUUCCCCCUCGUGCGCUGUUCAUUCCAGGCCUGAUGGCGCACGUCUCAACGAUUGGCCUCGUCACACGAGCAGCGCUAAAUCACAUGCAUUUCCCACAGCUGCUUCGAUCUGGGCGAAGAGAAUACCCGGUGGAGACCUUUCUCGGCUGUCCGGGCUAUCUCACGCUCUUGAACGCGGUGGUGAGGCCUUUGCGGAAGAACCUGUCAACCCCAACGACGGCCUACUCCGCGUAUUAUCAGCAGCACUACGAGCGCAGCCCCGCGGAAGGCUACGCAGUGCGCAUCGACAGCAAGGAAGUCUCGCAUGCCUUGGAUAAGCUGCUGGCAGUUGUGCAAGAUCUGCCGCUGACGUAG